GCGUGUUUACAGCCUGAGGGAGGAUGGAGAAGCUGUCAGGCAAAGACAAGGAGCUGAUACGAGGCAGCUGGGAGAGCCUGGGCAAGAACAAAAUUCCUCAUGGUGUCAUCAUGUUUUCCAGACUGUUUGAGCUGGACCCCACACUCCUCACUCUUUUCCACUACACUACAAACUGCGGCUCCACACAAGACUGCCUCUCCAACCCCGAGUUCCUGGAACAUGUCACCAAGGUGAUGCUUGUGAUCGAUGCAGCGGUCAGCCAUCUGGACGACCUUCACUCCAUAGAGGACUUCCUGCUCAACCUUGGGAGGAAGCAUCAGGCUGUGGGGGUCAACACGCAGUCAUUUGCUGUGGUGGGUGAGUCCCUUCUCUACAUGCUGCAGUGCAGUCUGGGCCAGGCCUACACGGCCCCACUGCGUCAAGCCUGGCUCAACAUGUACAGCAUCGUGGUAGCAGCUAUGAGCCGAGGAUGGGCCAAGAACGGAGAGGACAAGGCCGACUGAGGCGCACUGCGGUAACUGCUGAGCAGUUGCUGUCAAAUCACUCAACAUGGUUGCCAUGGAAUAAGGUUGUGUAACUUGCAGCAUUGUGGCUUUGGCUGCUCUACUUUGGGUGAGGUCGCAUAGCGUAGCGAUUGUAUGGUGUGGUUACACUUUACAAUUGGAUCGACCAAUCGCAGAGUUUUUUUUCUUUGCUGUGGAUGUUUAGCUACCAGACGACAAGGCUGCUGUACAGCUGUUCUGAGCCAGCUUGCUUUGGUUCUUCUAAGUCUGGAUCUGUAAUCUGAGCGCCUCACAGUGAGAGAAAGCAACUGCUGAGUCUCUUUGUAUAUAAUGGCUGUGAUAUAUCUACUCAAAUAACACUGGCUGUAGUGGUCUUUGAUGUAUCACAAUUGUGAAACACUAGAUAUUAUAUUUAGGCAUCACAAACUACUCAAACUGUGAUGGUUACUGUGUCCAGCGUGGCAGCUCUCUCUCUAACUGGAACACAGUGAUACUGUACACACCAUGUCGAAAGCUUUGGGACAAGGCAAUGUGAUUAUACAGAAGAAAGUCCUAUCACCUUAGUCAUAAUCAUACUGUGUUUUCUAUUGAUACUACACAUCAUUACACCUACGUUUGUGUGUGACUUUGUUAUCUAACAUUUAACCUAUUGAUGAAAAUAAUUCAAUAGAUACUGACAAGAACUGUUACACUCUCUGAUAGGUCUCUCCAGCAAUCUACGACUGUUAAGGCGUCCAUGCGCACCUUACUCAACAUGGUGUGUGAUGCUCUCCUUGGUGGAGGUUGUGAUUAAUUCAAUAGGCUUCAGCUGACUGUUAAACUAAUAGACUGUUAACUCGUUACAUUAGAGUGAAGGGCAUCUUUGAGGAAUUAGAACAUCUUUGUUCCUUGAAUAUCAGUUUCUAGUCAUUGUUAGUGUAAAGUAGUUUUCUUGUACUGUAGUCGCUUAUCUUAGUAGUGCUUAUUAACUGUAUUUCUGUGGCUACAAACAAAGCAUUACCUCAGCUUUAGAGGUGAAGGUGAGUGCCUUGUGUUUUUCCAACACAUGGAAGUGGGGCUGGAAGUGAAUAUUUAUUUUGGAUUAUGACACAAAGGCAAACUGAACUGAUGAUGAUUUGUUCCUUUUAAUUGCUUAACACAGAACAAAUAAUACAUAUACUGUGUGCUGUCACUGUCCACUAUGUGUGUGUUAUUAUUAUUAUUGCUCACUGUAUGUAUCAUCCUCAGCUGUUGUUGACAUUCAUGGUCAUAAUGCCAAGUAACUUAGCAACAGUGCGCCAAGUAUUAGAUAAUAACACCAUACAACUGUAAAUCCAAGCUGCUGAUAUGUGGUUAUUAUUGCUUUAGUAUGAGUUUACAUGUACAAAGUUUAUUUUUAUAUUCUGAAAUGUAUGUGUUGUUAAAGAGCAUAAUUUUUGUUUUUUCAAACGUAACAUACAGUAUAUCCUCCAGAUGUAGUACCUUGUGUGGGUUUCAUUUAUUCAAAAAUAAUAUAUAUAUAUAUAUAUAUAUAUAUAUAUAUCUUCUAAAUGUACAGUCCUGACAGAAAAUUAUAAAAGCUGAGUUUUUCUAUUGAACUGUUGUAUCCCUGCAUAGUCUGUUCAGUCUGUACAGUACUUACCAGCCCACAGGUAUAAUGUGUAUGAACUGUGUAUGUGGUGUAUUUCUAGUGAUUCUUUUCUUAGUAUCAGUACACAGCUGUUCUUCACAUCUCCUGACAUUAGGUCUUUUUAGGAGGCAUGACUGAUAACUGGAAUGUUAUCCUGUUAACAUCCAGCUCUGUACAUAUUGGGUGUGUCACUGUCUACCUCAUCAUUAUCAGCUGCUAUUGAACAGCGAUGACUUCACCUAGUUAUCCUUCAACCAAAAACGCACUGUAGUAUUAUAGUUAAUGCAAGCACGCACUCUUUGUAAACUGGAUUCCAUCCUAAACAAAACUUGUUGUGUGCUUAUACACUGAAUAAAGUGAUCUUCUGUGAAUAUUUUACUGCCAAA